AUGAGGCGACUAGGGGAUCCUAUUUGGGGCCGGGUCCAUAAGGCUCCUCUCAACCACGGCGAUUUGCUACCAAUCAAAGACAUGAUCAUCGAUGUUGCUCAAUCACUUGGAGCCUCGCUCGUUGAGAAGGAAAUCGAUGACAUAGACACGUCAGGGUACCGCGCAAGGACC